AUGUCACUCAAUAACGACACUCGUACCAGAGUGGACGGCUAUGUGCAACCUCAGCUUGUCAAAAAGCCGCCGUUCUCGGUCGAAGCCUCGGGCUACGAAAAGAAAGAUGGCGAGACCAUCCCAAGGCGACACCCCAUGGCAAAGGACAAGCUCAUCACACAGCCGUCAGAUGAUGUCAAGACAAUCUACGACAACUUGACACGUGCUUCGCGCAAAUUUGGAAAUGCAAAGGCCAUCGGGACGAGGAAAAUCAUCAAGACCCAUGUCGAAAACAAGAAGGUGAAGAAGAUCGUGGAUGGCCAGGAACAGGAGGUGGACAAGAAAUGGACGUACUAUGAACUGAGUGGCUAUAGCUACAUGAGCUUCAUCGAGUACGAGAAACUCGCCCUCGACUGUGCCUCGGGCCUGCGCCACUUGGGCAUCACCAAGGAAAACAAAAUGCACCUUUACGGAGCUACCAGUGCCCAUUGGCUCGCCAUGUCCCAUGCGGCUGCAUCCCAGUCCAUUCCAAUUGUCACUGCCUACGAUUCCCUGGGCGAAGAAGGCUUACGGCACUCACUUGUCCAGACAAACUCCGUGGCCAUUUUCCUGGAUCCGAACCUGAUCCCGGUGUUGAUCAAGGUGCUGAAGGCUGCCAAAACGGUCAAAUCUGUCAUCUACAACACCGAUCCUGAGAUCAAGCAGGAAGAUCUUGAGAAGUUAAAGUCAGAAUUCCCGGACCUCAAAGUUCUGAGCUUUGAGGAACUGCGGCAAUCAGGCGCCGACAACCCCGUCGACCCGGUGCCGCCGAGUCCAGAGGAUCUCGCUUGUAUCAUGUACACUUCUGGCUCAACUGGGCCACCAAAGGGCGUCACGAUCAAACACAAGGCUGUGGUGGCCGCCAUGGCCGGCGUGCAAAGCAUAGUCGCGCCUUACAUCGGACCAUCGGAUGCGUUGUUGACCUAUUUGCCCCAGUCACACAUCUUCGAGUACAUGUUCGAGAACGUUUGCCUGUUCUGGGGCGGUACGAUGGGCUAUGGUAACCCUAAGACUCUCUCUGACACCUCGGUUCGCAAUUGUAAAGGUGAUAUUCGAGAGUUCCGACCCACCAUCCUGAUCGGCGUCCCUGCCGUGUGGGAGAGCGUGAAGAAAGGAAUACUUGCAAAGAUCAACAGUGGCUCCUUUGUCGUGAAGAAUCUGUUUUGGGGGGCUCUGUCCCUUAAGCAAACACUCCUAGGAGCCAAGCUUCCUGGUGCCGGAUUACUCGACGCGAUUGUUUUCAAGAAGCUUAAAGAUGCAACCGGCGGCAGGCUCCGGAUCGCAUUCAACGGAGGAGGUCCCAUUUCUCAGGAAACGAUCAAGUUCAUCAGUUAUGCCGUUACACCCAUGAUCUCAGGCUACGGUCUGACUGAGACGACGGCAAUGGGUGCCAUCCAGGAUCCUCUGGCGUGGGAUCCACACGCUCUGGGCGACAUCCCAGCUUGUAUUGAGAUCAAGCUGGUGGACUUCCCGGAUGCCGGUUAUUACUCGUCGAGCAACCCCCCUCAAGGUGAAAUCUGGAUUCGAGGACCUCCGGUCACGGAAGGCUACUGGGACAAUGAACAAGAGACGCGGGAGGCGAUUACAGAGGACAAAUGGUUCAAGACCGGCGAUAUUGGUGAAUUCAACGCCAACGGUCAUUUACGCAUCAUUGACCGCAAGAAGAAUUUGGUCAAGACAUUGAAUGGCGAAUACAUCGCCCUCGAGAAGCUGGAGUCCGCCUACCGCGCGUGCCCUGUGGUUGGGAACAUUUGCGUCUUCGCCGCCGAGGACAAAGCGAAGCCUAUCGCCAUCGUGGUCCCAGUGGAAGCAGCCUUGAAGAAGAUUGCUGCAGCCCACGGCAUCAAGGGAGACCACCUGGAAGAGAUGGUCCACGACAAGAAACUCAACCAAAUUGUCCUUAAGGAGAUCCAGAAAGCUGGCCGCGAUGUUGGCCUUUCCGGUAUUGAAAUCAUUGACGGUUUGGUCCUAGCAGACGAAGAGUGGACACCACAAAAUGGAUUUAUCUCGCCUGCGCAAAAACUACAGAGGAAGAAGAUCCAGGCCCGGUACGAAAAGGAGAUCCAAAAGGCCUACGGUAGCAAUAGCUGA